GCUCGCGCCUACCAAAUCGAGAUGUUUGAGCUGAGCCUCAAGCAAAACAUCAUUGUUGCUAUGCCUACUGGCAGUGGCAAGACUCAAGUGGCAAUCCUGCGAGUUCGAGCAGAGAUAGAGCGAACGCCGCCCGACAAGAUAUCGUGGUUCUUGGCCCCGACUGUUGCUCUUUGCCAACAACAAUAUGCAGUCUUCGUUCAGCAAACCCCCGCUGUUUCGAUCAAGCUUCUCACGGGUGCGAUCGUGGACAAGUGGUCCGACACCAAGACAUGGGAUGAUUUCCUGCAUGGCGCCCGAGUCGUGAUCUCGACAUACCAGCUUCUCUACGACGCCAUCAACCACGCUUUCGUCCACUUUGACCGACUCACACUGGUGGUAGUUGAUGAAGCCCACAACUGCCGGGGAAAGAGCCCUGUUGUCAUGAUUAUGAAGAGAUACCAAGAAGCCAAGGAGAACGGCUUCUCCGUGCCUGCCAUACUCGGCCUUACAGCAAGCCCUAUCAUGAAUUCAAGGCUCGAUGGCAUCGAGAAGAUUGAAAGUAUCAUGGACGCUGUCUGCAGGACUCCGACCAUACACAGGGAAGAACUCACUAAUCAGGUCAAGCUUCCGGAAAUGCAAUGCGUAUCGUACUCAGCGGUACCAGAACCGGUGCCGCAUUCGAUGCACACCCCCUCGAUGCGUAAUCUCCAAGAAAUUGCACGACUGAUCCAGCAGGACGUGUUCAACGACCCCGAGGUGUUACAACUGAAGAGAAUAAAUGACGAGAAAAGCCGUGAGAAGCUUCGGACGAUGCUAGUCAAGAGAGACACUUAUGCAAUUACCGAGAUUCGGACUCUGGUCCGUAAAACCCACGAGGUCUGCCGCCAACUAGGACCGUGGGCUGCCGAUCGCUUCAUCGCGGAAGCCAUUUCACAAUACCAGGGCUUGCUGAUGAAUGCUCCCCUGGGAAAUGGACGCGACAGCAAGCUGUACCUGUCCCUGUGGUUGCAUCGUGUACAGGCUGCUCCUACUGGGACUGGGCCUCUCGACUUCUCAGAAAAGGUGCAACGUCUCGCUCAAGUGCUGCUAGCAGGUCCCAGCGACACAAUGGGCAUCGUCUUUGUCGAUCAGACCGCCACAGUCACCAUGCUUGCGCACCUUCUCAUGCAGAUACCUCAGCUGCGAGCUCGCUUCCGUGUCGGGAUGAUGGUCGGAACCAGUCAAUCGAGCAAACGGACGCAGGGACUUGGCGGAUUUCACCGAAAGCUUGGCGACUCCCAGCUCGAACAAUUUCGGCUCGGAUCACUCAACCUCUUGGUAGCGACAACUGUGCUUGAGGAGGGUAUUGACGUACCCGCAUGUAACCUGGUCGUUUGUUUCGACCCUCCCCGAAACCUCAAGUCCUUCAUUCAGCGUAGAGGGCGAGCUCGGAAGGGGACUGCAAGGCUCGUGUUGCUGUUUGACGACCAAGCAGACCAGGAUCAACAUGAGAGCUGGCUGGAGCUUGAGAACGAGAUGAAGAAGCGUUACCAGGAUGAUGUCAAACAUGUCAAGGAAUUGGAGGAUGUCGAAAUGCCUGAAGUUCCUCCAUUCCGCGUCCCAACGACCAGAGCCGUACUUGACUUUGACCAGGCAAUAUCACACCUACAGCAUAUCUGCACUCACCUCUCGACGCGACCAGAUGCGGCCUCGACACCCUAUUAUCUGAUACACAGAACGGAAUCAUCAAUGUCGCGGCAGUCCCAGAUCACAGCGACGGUGGUUCUGCCAGCUUCCUUGCCGGACCAGUUGAGACGGUUCAAGUCCGAGAACUCUUGGUAUGCCGAAAAGAAUGCAAAAAAGGAUGCUGCAUUUGUUGCCUUCAAAGCUUUGUACGAGGCUGGCCUCGUCGAUGACAACUUGAUGCCUCUACGCGCGAGGCUGGACGCUUCGAUGCCCGAGGUGAGACCUGGAAUGACAGACGCAAAGGAAUGCUUCAACCCGUGGGUUGAGAUCGCACAUGCUUGGACGUCACAACCAACCCCACCUAUCUUCUCGCGAAAGCUACGCUUGCUCGAUGCCAACAGUGAGCUGAUCAACGAAGCAAUCUUGUCAAUUCCAAAAGACUUCCCAGAUAUUCCUGGCUUUCCGCUUUAUUGGGACCAGAACACAACCUGGACUGUCCGAUUGGACGAAAUCGUCGAUGAAGAUGUGUAUAUGGGCGCCGACCAGGACCAAAGUCGCCCAAUUUUGGAUGUCGCUUUCGGUCACCGUUUCAUCAUGCAGGAGCUUCAGCACAUUGUCCACAUCCGCUUAGUAUCCGACAGGCAGCUCAGUCUCACACUGAAAAAUGAGCCUGUUGCGGUGACGGCCCAGAUUAUCCAGAGUCCUCAGUGCAGUCAGUAUCUCAUCCGAGAUGAACACAACUCACCAUUCUUUUUUAGUAGUUGGCUUAGUCAAAUAACAGAGCCAGACUGUAAUACCGGGAAAGCAAAGAAAUAUGUGGAAUUGCACGCAGAUCAGCCGUGGCUUGUUCUGCAGAAGUGGCCAAAAAAUGUCAACUUUCUGGGUCCAUCUGGGUCAACACCGCCAAAGCGUCCAACAUUCAGGCCUGUGGUCACGUGCCGGCAGGAUACGAUUCCCUUCAAGACUAUCCAGCUCGGAGCCAUCCUACCUUCGGUUUUUCACAUGAUGGAAACGCACUUGAUAGCUCAAAAGCUGAGCACUGGUCUGCUCGCUGGAACUGGACUAAGCGAUCUCAGCCUCAUAGUGACGGCUAUUUCCUCAUCCCACGCCAAUAAGGAAGCCAACUACCAGCGGCUGGAGUUUCUAGGGGAUACGAUAUUGAAGUUUCUGACCACGGUGACCUUGUGCGCUAUUCGACCGAACUUUCCUGAAGGCUAUUUGACCUUGGAGAAGAGCAGUAUAGUCUCUAAUGCGCACCUCUGCAAUGCCACUCUGAGAAGCGGCCUCGAUGAAUACAUUCUCACCGAGCCCUUUACCGGGAGGAAAUGGACACCAAAAUACGUCGAGGACCUUACCGGGAGCAGUGAAGCCACGGAGCCUCGAACGAGGUCCGUAUCAACAAAGACUCUUGCCGAUGUCGUAGAGUCGCUGGCGGGGGCCGCUUACAUUGAAGGUGGAUGGGAGAGUGCAACUAAGUAUCUGAGGAAGAUGCUUCCAGAAGUCAACCUCCACACGCCCGACGAUGCGCGCACCAUUCUGCAAAGCCAUCGACCUGUAUCGCACGAGCUCAGCUCGCCGCUCGCUCCACUCGAGACCCUUUGCGGAUACCGAUUCAAGAACAAGACGCUUCUUGUUGAGGCCAUGACGCAUACAUCCUUCAGCGCUUUCGCCGAGCCUCCCCCGGAUAGCAGCACAAGUCCUGCAGCAGCAACAAUAGCAGCAGCCACUCGCUGUGCAAGCCUGGAGCGACUCGAGUUUCUUGGCGACGCUAUACUGGACACGAUUGUCGUGCAAUGCCUGUGGCACGCUACGGACAGGAGCAAGCCACUAUCCCAUCAGAAGAUGCACCUGCUACGGACGACAGUCGUCAACGCGGACCUGCUAGGUUUCCUCGCCAUGGAAUGGAGCAUCACCCAGGAGCGAUCGGACAUCUCCCCUACCGACCCAGCCAAGAUCAUCACCAAGCCCAGCCAGCUGCCACUGUGGAAGUUUAUGCGCCACUCGAACCCGGCGCUGGGCCUCAAGCAGCAGGUUGCCGAGCACCGCCACCGGCAAGGCCGCGACUUCAUCUGGCGUGCGCUGUUUGAGACCUCAGGCACGACGACGACGCCGACGACGACCACUACCACCAACACCACCACCACGUACCCGUGGGCAGAGCUCGCGCACUUGCACAUCCCCAAGACAUUCUCGGAUCUCGUCGAGGCCCUGAUAGGUGCGGUAUGGACAGAUUCGGGCUCGCUUGAGCAAUGUGCUGCCGUGGCGGAGAGGAUCGGGAUCUUGCCCCUGCUCAGACGGCUCGUGGCUGAUGGCGUCGAUGUGAUGCAUCCCAAGAACAAGCUCGGCGAGUUCAUCCGGGACAGGAAGGUCCGGUAUGAAGUUGAUGUGCAUGGCGGGAGUGCUGGAGGAGGCGGUGCCGAUACGAUGGAAACACCGGCACCCAUCCUGGACUUACUUGUCCAGGAUGGGGAAGAGGGCGAAACACCCAGCACUACUGUCAACGACGACGAUGACAACACACCAACGAACCCGGCACCGGAACUGUCGAUGUCGCCACCACCACCACCACCAUCGCUCAGCCCAGACCUCGAAAUCCCCGCGGCAGUCCAGGCGCACAUCAACAGGGCAGAUCAAUAUACAUGCAAUGUCUUCGUCGACGAGGAGCUCAUCGUCCAGGUCGGCGGCGGGCUGGGCAGGGAGGAGAUCAUCACCAAGGCGGCAGACAAGGCGUAUUCGGUGUUGCUCGCGCGGUGGGGGGCCUCGGGACCGCCACGGACGUCGCCGAAAAGGCAAUGAAGUUGCGGCGCAGAAAAGGAAUAGUGGGCGCGAGUUUGCACUCAGUAUGAGGACGUGGCGGCCAUGUACACGGCGGGAUUUUCUGGCUGUAUUGAACGGCUCGCGUUGGUCCGUUUAUGGCUGAUCGUGGGACUGGGGAGUCUGAAAUGUUGGUCAAGCUGCUCCGUAUUAAAUGGUGAGAACAAACAAGGCCAGUCUUGACGAUUGCUGCUGAACAUUGGAAUUUCAGCCAGUCGGAAGUAGUCGUGAUGGCAUGUGACGACAGGGUUACAUAUCAACCAGAAAGCCGUGGCAAUGCCACCAUGGAACAAAGAGAUUAUGAGACAAUUGUGAAAGCCCAGCACUUGAGCCUUUUAAUGGAUUGGAGCGACGAGCUAUUCAGAU